GAAGUAACGUGGGGAGUGAGGGGUUAUAAGCGUAGUUGAGGAAGUGAUGCACUUUCACUCUCUCUCUCACUGAUUUGACAAAAGGAGAGAGAUGGAAGGAGAGAGAGAGAGGAAGAAGCGAGGGAGCGGGCAGGCACAGGCAGAGACACUAAGAAGAUACAAAGGAAUAAGGAUGAGGAAGUGGGGCAAGUGGGUCGCUGAAAUAAGGGAACCCAACAAGCGUUCAAGGAUUUGGCUCGGUUCCUAUUCCACCCCCGUCGCCGCCGCACGAGCCUACGACACCGCCGUCUUCUACCUCCGGGGACCCUCCGCGCGCCUCAACUUCCCCGACCUUCUCGUCGGGGAAGGCGCCGCCGCCCUCCUCGCCGGCUGCGACAUGUCUGCCGCUUCGAUUAGGAAGAAGGCCACCGAGGUUGGUGCCAGGGUCGACGCUCUCCAGGCCACCCUCCACCACCCUCAUGUUCCGCCUCCGCCGGAGCUUCUCUCCGGCGGCGGAGGCGGCGGUUCCGGGGACUUCGCCGAGCGGGUUGACCUCAAUAAGAUGCCCGAACCCGAGAGUUCCGACUGUGAGUGGGAGGUCAAUUGAAGGAGAAGCGGUGGUUGGUGGCUAACGUGCGCCGGCUGAGGCAAAGUGAAGUUCAACUUGUUGAUGAGGCCUUUGGUGGUGGUGUGGAUUACUGUACUCUAUCUUUUCCUUCUACUUUCCCUUUGAUAGUCUUUUUUUUUUUAUAAUUAGAUUUUACAAAGGAAAUUUUGGCGUUGUAUAAAUGUUAAAUGUAAAUUAAUUAGUUGAAUAGCCGCUUUUUCUUAUUAGUUA